CGGCGCGGGGCCCAGGGGGCGGCGGGUCCCGAGUGGCUCCGGGCCGAGCGAGCCGGGCCGAGCCGCUCCGGCUUCUUUGUCUGCGGGCGGCCGCCCCGGCCGCGGCCCCCCUGGCCCGGGCGGAGAGAUGAGUGUCUAGUCGGUAGCCGCUGGGCAGCCGGGGAGCGGGAGGCUGGGCUUCGGGCUCCGGAUGCACUAGGGGUGAGCUGGCACCCACCCCACCCUACAGUGACCAUGGAUCCUGGAGCUGGGCCUGACUCAUCUCUGACUGUCAAUGAACAGGUCAUUGUCAUGUCUAGCCAUGAGACCAUCCGAGUGCUGGAGGUCGGAGUGGACGCCCAGCUCCCGGCUGAGGAGGAAAGCAGAGCACUGGAGGGCGUGGCAGCUGCUGAUGGCUCCCAGAGUGGAGGUCCUGCCCCAGAAGCCAGGUCACAUGACCCAGGCCAUUCUGCAGAAGCAACUGUGAAGUCACUGCCCGGGAUCCCUGCCCCCGUCAGCCAAGCCCCAAGCCAGUCUCAGGCAUCACAGACCCUGCCGCCGCUGGCUGUACAAGCUGCCCCCCAGGUCUUGACUCAGGAAAGCUUAGCCACAGUUCUGACAGGAGUUGUGGUUCCAGCAGGGGCCGUUACUCAACCUCUUCUUGUCCCCAUCGGUAUUGCAGGUCAAGUGGCUGGGCAGCAGGGGCUGGCCGUGUGGACUAUCCCUACAGCAACUGUGGCUGCCCUCCCCGGACUGACCGCCGCCUCUCCCACAGGGGGAACUUUCAAGCCACCUUUAGCUGGUCUCCAAGCACCUGCCGUGCUGAACACCGCCCUCCCGACACCUGUACAAGCUGCCCCACCAGUCCAGGCCUCCUCGCCCGCCCAGCCCAGGCCACCAGCUCAGCCCCAGCCCCAGCUGUUCCAGACCCAGCCACUGCUACAGACCACGCCUGCCAUACUCCCACAGCCCACUGCUGCCACCGUCGCUGCCCCCACCCCCAAGCCAGUGGACACCACCCCGCAGAUCACCGUCCAGCCUGCAGGCUUCGCAUUUAGCCCAGGGAUCAUCGGUGCUGCCUCCCUCGGGGGCCAGACCCAGAUCCUGGGCUCCCUCACAACAGCGCCAGUCAUCGCCAACGCCAUUCCCAGCUUGCCCGGGGUCAGCGGUCAGAUCCUCACCAAUGCUCAGGGACAGGUUAUUGGAGCACUUCCGUGGGUAGUGAACUCGGCUAGUGUGGCCACACCGGCGCCGGCACAGAGCCUGCAGGUGCAAGCCGUGACUCCCCAACUCUUGUUGAACGCCCAGGGCCAGGUGAUCGCAACCCUAGCCAGCAGCCCCCUGCCUCAACCUAUGGCUGUCCGGAAGCCAAACACACCAGAGGCCCCCGCUAAGAAUGAGGCCCAGCCUAUCCAGCCAACGCCGGCUGUGCCCCAGCCUGCAGUGAUCCUGACCAGCCCAGCCCCGGCACUCAAGCCACCUGCCUCAGCUCCAGUUCCAAUCACCUGCUCAGAGACCCCGACAGUCAGCCAAUUGGUAUCAAAGCCUCACACUCCGAGUCUGGAUGAGGACGGAAUCAACUUAGAGGAGAUUCGCGAGUUUGCCAAGAACUUUAAGAUCCGGCGGCUCUCCUUGGGUCUUACCCAGACCCAGGUGGGCCAAGCCUUGACGGCGACCGAAGGUCCAGCUUACAGCCAGUCAGCCAUCUGCCGGUUUGAGAAGUUGGACAUCACGCCCAAGAGCGCCCAGAAGCUGAAGCCCGUUCUGGAGAAGUGGCUGACCGAGGCAGAGCUCCGGAACCAGGAAGGCCAGCAGAACCUGAUGGAGUUUGUGGGCGGCGAGCCCUCCAAGAAACGCAAACGGCGCACUUCGUUCACGCCACAGGCCAUAGAGGCCCUCAAUGCCUACUUUGAGAAGAACCCCCUGCCCACGGGCCAGGAGAUCACCGAGAUUGCUAAGGAGCUUAACUAUGACCGUGAGGUGGUGCGGGUCUGGUUCUGUAACCGACGCCAGACGCUCAAAAACACCAGCAAGCUGAACGUCUUUCAGAUCCCGUAGGGCUCAGCCUCGGCCCUGUGUUCCGGCACUUUCUGCUCUUUCCUCGGCAGCCGGCUGUCAGCGCUGCGGUGACAGUGCCUGUGUGCAGCUGUGCUUGCCGUAGGUCAUGAGACCCCCAGCUAUGCAUGCGUGUCAAUGCCUGCCUCUUCUACCCACGUAUGUCACACCCUGGGGGAGGCCCGAGGGGCUGCAUGGGAGUCCCGGGCUCUGGGUCGGGCCCGUGGAAGGAAGGGGUUUGCGUCCUUUAGAAAAGCACUUUGUGGGUUCUGCCUGGGAACCCGAAAGGCUCUGUCUUUGGGGCAGGGCUGUUGCAAGUCUUGGAGACCACUGUAUAUUAGCUCCUGUCUUCAGCGGCACUCUCCACCCCACACCCCCUUUGCUCCUCUGUGUUUGUGCCACUAUGACCACCUCCCCCAGUGGGACCGCAGCCUCACACUGC